GACUGCUUGAGGAUCUUGCGGUUUCAUUAUGAAAUUGAGAAAUGUGGAGUUGGAACACGAAAAUUCAGUCGAAACAGCUUCAAAACCACCUCAUCAGGCUAGAAUGUAAACAAUGAAGGGUAUUAGGACCUAGGAAGCACGCAACCGUGGCUGGGGCGGCAAAUAAACGACGGGGAUGAAUUCGGAAAAAAAUAGCCUCAAUUGACCAUGACUCAAGAAUGUGACGAAUUGUCAAUUGAGGCAAUUUUUUUGUCAGCUCGUCACAUCCUUGCAGCCAUUACUGACGGGGAAGUCCACUCUGUUGCUUCCCUUUCUCUAAGCAUGAUCCAUCAUCCAUACUGACAACGAACUCUCGAAAAACCCUAAGAUUUGUCAGGAUCUAGCAGCGAUAUGUAAAACAUUAAUGCCACUCACUCGAAACACUUCUAGACCUUAUUCGUCUCUCACCACCGGACACCAAGUUUGAUCCAAGAAAAUCAGAUACAUUACUGGGAUGCGUGUGUUGGUAGCUUGUAAUUUGACGAGCUGGUUAACCUGCUCUCACCCAGUACACAUGUUUUAUAAAAUCGCUCAAGUCGACAAGGGGAUUAUCAGCACUGCGUCACUCUGCUACUACAAAUUCACAAGCCCAGCUAACAUGCGUCCCAAAUUCUCGUCUCCAAUAACUGUGAAUCUUCUCCACGUGCUCACCUCCCCCCUGUCGACAUGGUGGAGAAAAGAGCCUUCACUAUGGGUCAUGCUAGCUUCAAUGGCAUCGUCACCAUUCUCCAUGGAGCUCCCACCUGAUGCUGAAGAGGAUAUUGUGCCCUACUUCGCAACUGCUGUUGCAAGCAGUGUGCUAACUAUGGCGGUGCCGAGAUGGCUUCACUGCACGGGCACUGGGGCGCGCACAUGGGCAGCUUUUCUCAGUUCGAAGUCACUCUAAUUAUCAUCGAGCGUUUCAAGCUUAGGAAUGAUUUGUCUGCCUUCUCUAGCUUCUUCGUUGUCUUUACUUCUGCCAUCUCUUAGGAAAGUUUGAGACGAGGUAGUAAGCAGCAUCCACUACCUGCGUAUAAUUGAUGUCCCAGUUUACGCAAAUUCAUUUUCCUGCAACUCGUGGAAUGAGAUUUUGAGGUGCUUGGGUUGAAGUAUCAGGAAAGGAAAGAAGAAGAUGAAGAUCGAGGGGAGAAUUGCGGGAGUUCCUUUCCUGUCCAGGAUGCCACAAAUUUUGUAAGCAACCUGGGACGUUGUUACACUUGUGCAUUUGUGUUGUGAUACAUCCAGAAAACAGUCGAUGUAUUUGAAAGUAGACAAACUCUGAGGUUUGCCACAGGAUUUAGACAGUAAGACUGUAGAUUGAAAAGUGUGAUCCUCCCUCGUAAUUGUGUGAUUAAGUGUUUAUCGCCUGCAUCAAGUGUUUUUCAUGAACACUUCAGGACAUCAUGUUUUAAAUAAGAAGCGCAAGUACUUUGGUCUUCACCAUGAAGUUUCAUAAAUGAUUCACAAUUAAAGCUU